AUGGGAACAACUAAAGACCUAAGAAGUUCUACUCUAAUGGAAACAAGAAACCAAUCUGUACCUAUUGUGGCUACACUCGACACACUGUGGAAAAGUGUUACAAGAAACAUGGGUAUCCACCCGGAUGGAAACCAAGGACCAAGAAUGGGAUAUUGCUACACAAAGCUCACCUUUGGAUGUGACUGGGGAGUAACACCUCAAGCUAAUCUCAUUGCUGCCAACUUUGCUCCCAACUCACAGCUUGAAGGUAUUAAUCCUAAACUUCGCUCUAAAAGCAAGAUAGUCUGGAUAUUAGACAGUGGGGCUACUAAUCAUGUUGUCUGUCAACCCCAUGUAUUAACAAAUGCUAAGAAAGUCCAAGGCAUGUUCGUUGAACUACCAAAUGGUGGUAAGGCUGAUAUUACACAUAUUGGAUCUAUUCAUGCUGCCAAUAAUUUGGAUCAGAACCUUGGGAUGAAGAUUGGUAUGGCUAGCUUGAAGAAUGGCUUAUAUCAGUUAGUGAAGCCUGAUUUUUUGUAUCUUUUUGACAAAGUAGAACAAGUUAGGGUCAAUGCUUGUACAUCUGGCAGUCUUUGGGUAGUCAAAUGCAUUAGAACAGACAAUGGUCAGGAGUUUAGAAUGGAUAAUGUUUAUCAAGAAAAGGGGAUCAUUCACCAGACUUCAUGUGUUUACACCCCACAACAAAAUAGUGUGGUUGAGAGGAAGCAUGGUCACAUUUUAUCAGUUGCAAGGGCUCUCAAGUUUCAAGCUGGCUUGUCAGAUGGUUUUUGGGGUGACUGCAUCUUGGUCAGAUCCCACAUCAAAUUGUGUUUGACAGAUCUCCACAGUUCAAUCACCUCAAGAGAUGUUGUGUUUUAUGAGGAUAUUUUCCCCUAUAAAGCAAGUAGUUUAAGUGAAGAAAGCCACACUCAGGGUCCUAUUUUUCCCACAGACAGCAACCUCAUAACAGAUGACACUAUGCCUCAGAGAGCUCCUCAUGAAGUGGAUAAAACUUGUAUUGACAUCUCAACAGAAUCAGAUGCUCAUGAUGACAAUUUGUCUGAGAAUUCAACUAAUGAUUCCCAUGUUUCCCAGCAGCAAGAACAACCCAGAAGAUCUAGUAGGCAAGUAUCCAGACUUGCUUACCUUAAGGACUACAGCUGCACACUUCCUGCCACCAGGAUUUCCCCCUAUACACUUUCUGCAGUUCUAUCUUAUGACAAGGUGUCCUCCAAAUUUAAAGCCUUUGCCACAAAUAUUCUCAACAGCAAGGAGCCCAAAUCAUACAAUGAGGCUAUUAAACAUGAUUGUUGGAAGACUGCUAUGCAAGCUGAGAUAGAUGCACUGCAAAGCAACAAGACUUGGGAGUUAACUACCCUCCCACCUUCCAAGCAGGCCAUAGGUUGCAAGUGGGUUUAUAAGGUGAAGUACAAGGCUGAUGGGACUGUGGAGAGAUGCAAAGCUAGGUUUGUGGAAAAGGGAUAUACCCAAACCUGUGGAUUAGACUACAUUGAUACCUUUAGCCCAGUGGCCAAAGUCACUACCAUUAGGACUUUGCUUGCUGUGGCAUCGACAAGGAAAUGGCAAUUGCACCAACUGGAUAUUAAUAAUGCUUUCUUGCAUGGGGAUCUCCAUGAAGAAGUGUACAUGACUCUUCCUCCAGGCUUUGAUCCUCAAAAACCAGGGCAGGUUUGCAGACUGACUAAAUCCCUAUAUGGCUUGAAAUAG